CUCUUUUUGUCAGUGGCUUAGCAUGGACUUUGAAACGUUCUUUAACUGUUCAGUUCUUUGGUUUUUCACUCCUGGCUUCGUUUAACUGUGAGCCCUCAGUUGCAUUAACCAUCCCGAACCCAUAAAAUGACAUUAGGUCUACCUCAGACAAUAACGAGGAUUAAAUAAAGAUUAAUGAGGUUAGUAAUUGGAUUGGCAAGCACAGAGGUCUGAACGUAAACCUCUUCAAAGCAGGCUCCAAUAUCCAAUAAAGUGUAACUCUUGAUCUGUAAAUAAUAGCAAGUUCCAGUUUGGUUUAGGUAAAUGCCAGUUUCUUUCAGACCGACCUGGCCGGCCCAGGUUAGCACGUGAGAUGCUGUGUCUACUCCCUCAGAGCGGGAAGGGAUGUUUUGAGGAAGUCAAACGUUGCAAAGUGCAUACCUAAAAAGGUUUUGUCCCCACCCUCUGUUGUGGGAACUACCAAGUUCAAGAGACGUCAAAGCAGCGGUACAAACAAGCCUGGACUUUGCAGGAAGAAGGAGGGACAAUAACAUCUUCUGUGGGAAAGGGAAUCGGCUCCCUGGUGGUGACUACACAGCAGAUUGUUGUAUGGGGGGACUAGGAGCCAGAAGGCCACCGUCAGCGUUUCCUAUCAGCACACACAAUCAAUUCUAAGAGUCCAUGUUGAUCUUGGAAGUAGAAGAAUUUAAAAGAGAUAAGUUCCCACAGAGAACAAGAACCUUACCAACUCCUUUGGCUCCGAAGGCUAACAGACAAUGGAUAUCAUAGAGACCGCAAAGCUUGAAGGCCAUUUGGAAAACCAAACCAACGACUCCACCAACACUUACACAAGCCCGGCCGAAGCCAUAGAAGAAGAAGCCAACAAAAAUGGCAAUGGUAAACCCAAGAGCUUAUCCAAUGGGUUACGAAAGGGUGCCAAAAAAUACCCGGACUACAUCCAGAUCUCUAUGCCGGCCGACUCCAGGAACAAGUUUCCCCUGGAGUGGUGGAAAACUGGCAUUGCCUUUGUGUAUGCCCUCUUCAACCUUGUCCUGACAACCGUCAUGAUCACGGUUGUGCAUGAGAGGGUCCCUCCCAAGGAGCUCAGCCCUCCACUCCCAGACAAGUUUUUUGAUUACAUCGACCGGGUCAAAUGGGCGUUUUCUGUAUCAGAAAUAAAUGGGAUUGUAUUAGUUGGGUUAUGGAUCACCCAGUGGCUUUUUCUGAGAUACAAGUCAAUAGUGGGGCGCAGAUUCUUCUUUAUCAUCGGAACCUUAUACCUAUAUCGCUGCAUAACUAUGUACGUCACUACGCUACCUGUGCCAGGAAUGCACUUCCAGUGUGCUCCAAAGCUCAAUGGAGACUCUCAGGCAAAAAUACAACGGAUUCUCCGGUUGAUUUCUGGCGGCGGGUUGUCCAUAACGGGAUCACACAUCCUGUGUGGGGACUUCCUCUUCAGCGGCCACACAGUCGUGCUGACGCUUACUUACCUGUUCAUCAAAGAAUAUUCGCCGCGGCACUUCUGGUGGUAUCACCUGGUGUGCUGGCUGCUGAGCGCCGCCGGGAUCAUCUGCAUUCUCGUAGCGCAUGAGCACUACACUGUCGAUGUGGUCAUCGCUUACUACAUCACAACACGACUGUUUUGGUGGUACCAUUCCAUGGCCAAUGAAAAGAACUUGAAGGUCUCAUCCCAGACAAAUUUCUUAUCUCGGGCCUGGUGGUUCCCCAUCUUCUAUUUUUUUGAAAAGAAUGUACAAGGCUCAAUUCCUUGCUGCUUCUCCUGGCCACUGUCCUGGCCCCCUGGCUGCUUCAAGUCCUCGUGCAAAAAGUAUUCACGGGUCCAGAAGAUCGGGGAGGACAAUGAGAAGUCUACCUGAGCCUCCAAAAGGGCAUCAGCUUUUACACCAAACGAGUCCGUGCUGUAACCAAAGGCGCAGCUUCGUAUUUAUUUUCAGAGAACUGACUGGUACAUGAAGUGGACCAAAUUUUGUGCAAAAGAUCGAAGCGACGAAUGAAGUAUUACCUUUCGGCUUUUUCUAUUCAUACCAAGAAACAUAUAUUUUCCUGCAGCUCUUCGCUCACUGAUGACAAAGCCCAUUAAGUGGGGCUGUAAAGAGGUGGGAAAGGACACGCUGCGUGCCUCUCCUCAUUCUUUCUCCACUUCCACAUUCUUUCCAGAUUGGUUGUUUUUCUCCCUUCCCCUUCAAGGUCAGAAGAGUUUGCUAACGUUUUUUGAAUAAAAUGUCUGGAUAUGUACAGCCACUGUGUAAAUACAGUAAGUUUGAUGAUAGGAGCUCAGUGAGGGCAGUCCCCGGGUGGGUUCAAGGUCAAGUGCGCUUUGUUCCCGCCCUGUCUCCGGGAAGGUUAGGGUGACCUCUGGGAUUCACUUUGCUGCUACCUGCCUCCCCCAUGCACUAUGUAGGCCUUUUCCUUUUUUUUUUUUUUUUAAGAAGUGGUGUCCUAGGAAACGUGAAAGUGACACACCCACGGGUUUUUCCUGUGUGUGGAUUUUUCAAUGUCAAGUCUAUGACACACAGGAAACGUGGAGCUUUUCCUGCUCCUGCAGUUACACAUUAGAUGCUACCUGCCUGGAGCCCAGGGCUGUUUCAAUGCAUUGGCCCAGGCUGAAAAUAAACGUGAAACAGAUGCUCGCACCCCACGGGAGAACACACGUGUGCUCCCCUCCUAGCUUUGACCCUGCUGUGUCAUGUUUCCUGUCGGAAAAUGGAGAAAUGUUUGGGUUCUUUCCAUGGAAACAGGAAAUGCAAGGUGGCUCUCCAAGGCUCACUGCUUCCUCGCCUUUCAGCAAGAUCCUCCACUCCGUAAGUGCCCCUAAGGGCAUACACGGUCACUUUUACCCUGUGACUCUCACACGCGGUGCUGCCCAUAAGCUCGCCAUUAGGAAUCAGUACUCAAGAUGACCACAGCCACAUAGGACAGGGGACAACUGUGUCUAGCGUGAAAAGAUGGAUUUUUUGUUUAAAAAUUUGGUGGAUUUAAGCAUACCUGAUUUAGUUAGAAUGUCACACAGUGCGAGUACAUCUUUGCAAAACUCUUGCCUUGGUUUCUAAACUACUGGAAGACGAGUUUGUGAGAGUUGUAGGAAAAGUUGUAAGGUUUCACAGUUGUCAUGGAGGGAGCAGAGGAAGGUGAGACCCAGUGGAAGGAGGCAGUUAGCGUUCACACUGAUGAAAUGGGAUAGAGUGCAUUCCCCGAGUCAUCCUUGUAAGCAGCGGGUUGGCCUUGAUCAUUCAAAGUUAAACUUUAAAUUGCUUGGGGGGGAAACAAAAAGCACAAUAGAGAUGUUUUCAGAAGGACCCUGGCCUUCUGGUGCUAUAAUUCCGCGUAGUGUUCAGGAUGCCUCUUUGUGAUUCUGGGUGGAAAGGCCACUGGAUUCAAAGGCAAGAGAGUAAGAUCCUCAAAACCUGGCUAUCCUCAAAAGAGUGGAAACCCUAAACAUCUCUGGCAGACUUUGAAAUGCAGGUUUGUUUUUGUUUUUAAGUAUUCUUAUUGAGUAAGCCAAUAAUGAAUGAACACCCAGUUUACCUUGUACUAGACACAAUUCUGUAUGUGUCCAUUUCCUCGACACUGUGGUAGAACAAAGUCUUUUGCUCGGACUUUGUUUAACACUAGUUUAACUUCUGUGUCUGACUGUGAGAGAGUCGUUUGACACUGAAGGCUGGGUUUUGGUCUCAUGGAAACAAAAGAGAGGCUUGUCUGUCUGUCACUAGGAUUCCCCAUGAUUCUUCAACUAAGGGAAAUGCUUGCGCGUUAUUACUUUGCAUGUUGAUUGUUGAGAACCCUUGAAACAGUAAACCUUGCAUUUAGUCCAGUACCAGGCUAUUAAAAAACAAUGCCAUCACUUUCUAAAGGAUUUUGAAAAUACCUAUGAGUCACUACUCAUAACAGUAGUAUGGACACUACUAUUCUCAUGUUCUCUGUGUGUUUGCUGUGGCUCUCUAAUAGAUGCCGAUGGAGAAACCCAUGGCCUGAAACUUGGAGAAGGAAGUGCCGAAGUUUCAAGAUUCCAAAGAUGACAAAAACUCAUUUCAGUGUAGGAAAAGCAAAUUUGAGACUUGAUAAGCCAUUUGGGGGAAUAUAACAUGUAGAUAAGUACGAUGUUGCCUUUGAAACAGUAAUCUUAUUUUUGAGAUGUCUCAUCUCACGGUGUAGCCCAGAUUGACUCUAACUUUCAAUCCUCCUGCCUACGCCUCCUGAGUGCUGGGAUUGCAAGUGUGUGCUCCCAUGCCCACCACAGAAAUAGUAAAUUAUUGCAGCAACCUUUUUUUUUUUUUUUUUUUUUUUUUUUUGCCAAUUAAGAUGCAGAUCUUACCCAUUGUCUGUACUUUCGUGGGCCUGUUCUGUUAGAAGGCUUUCCUUUAACAUUCUGCUUCUGGGAAAUGUCGCUAAAUAGAUAAAACACAUAAAAAUAGGCCACAUGUCUUUCCUGGACCUUCCCAAUGGAAAUGGGGUUCUCUCAGACUUCGGUUUUUUAGUUCCUCCACUAGAUCUGAAAAAGGAAGCAUUCUUAGCCCAGUUCCUCCUGAGCUAAUUGUGACUGUCCUUUGAGUUCCUGGCACCACAGGAAGCAGGUUUUUGCAGCAGACAGAAGGCUGGCCGAGAGUCAACUCUUGAAAUCUCUGGGCAGGUUUUGGCCCUGUUCCUUGCUGUAUUACCAGCGCCUUCUUGUGGCAGUAUGUUAUGUCUGGGGUGCAAAUGCCACUUUAAAAAUACUGUUUCAAGGUUUCUCUAGAGUUAGCUUGUUUGACUUUUUGUUGUUGCUGUUAUUGUUAACUUUUGUUCAAUUUUUUUUUUUUGCCAAAAUUUGAAAAUCUCAUAGGAAAGAAAGUAUUUUAAAGACAUUCUAAAUCCUUCCCAAAGGGAAAGGGCUCAGAAUGUGAUCAAAGAAAAUUUGCAGGUCAUUUUUACCUCUUAUGUCACAAUCAUUAAUGUCUAGUCUAUAACUUCAGACUUUGUUUAGUUCAAAACCAAAGUCAACUGUGUCAUUUUUAUUUAUAUGCUAGAAAUAAUCAUUUUGUUUUUAAUUGAACAUUCUUAUCUUCCAUAAAUAUUUUAAACUUUCUGUUAUUGUUUUGGUUUUGUACUAUAAAACUGAUUAAAAAUUAAGCCGGUCUUAACACACUCACCUCUGUAGUGUAAGGAAGUAUGAGAAGGAAUUUCUUUUUGUUGUUGUUGUUGUUCUUUUGUAUUUUGAGGCAAGGCUUCUCUGUGUGUCCCUGGCUGUCCUGGAGCUAACUCUGUAGACUAGGCUGGCCUUGGACUUGGAGAUCUGUUGCCUCUGCCUCCUGAGUGCUAGAAGUAAAGGCAUACGCCACCACCACCCGGCGGGAAGAAUUUCUUAAUGCGUUUACAUGUCUAAAUCAAGUAUAAGUUAUAUGCAUUGUAUUGGAACCCUUUUCUAUGUUUAUGUAUAAAGAUUUCUAAUAUUGUUGUUUUUAAUGUCAUUGUGUUGCAAUAAUUUAGCUCCUUUGACUCAUUUGACACAAUACAUCUUUUAUGAAGAAGUGCUCUUGACUUCGACAUCUGUAUACUGAAAAUCAUGUCAGAGGUACCCAAAGAUACGUUUUUAUACAGAUAAACUCCUCAUAAGCGCUGGUUUAUUAUUUACUAAUCUUACUGUACUGUGUUCUUAAUGAAUCAUGAGCAACAAGAAUGGGUCACUGUAGAAUUAUUUUAAACUGUCCAUUAAAAGGAAGAGGAGAAACUAUAAGCUAAUCUAGUUGCCAAGUGGGAAUUCAUUAUUUAAUUUACCUCCUAUGCAAUGAUUAAUGCUGCGAAAAUGUGUGGUUAGUAAGUUAUAGUACCUUGACAAAAGAAGUAUCUUUACAAGGUAUGAGAGGCAGCCAGUUGCAUUCUUUUGGAAAUUUACUGUACUGUUCUAUGUGUUAAGUGCCUUGUUGUAAAGUAAAGUUUUAAGUCUAGAAUUCAUUAUUUUCCUGACCUAUAUUUUUCAUUAUGAUUAUCUACCGUGUGCUGUUGUAAUCAUUUUAUUAAAUGCUUACAUUUUAAUCAAA